CUGACAUCUGUAUUCAAUCUUUUUUGGAGCGUUUUUUAAGUGCUGUAAAUCAGCCAACAGCUAAUGUAAUGUCUAAUGUGACAACUUCAGUAUUUUCACUAACCUUUUAUGGAGAAAAAUUAGACUGUGAAAAACGAUAGAACUGUGUAGCGACUGUGAUGACGGCGUGUAGACGCACGGGGGCGGUGAUGAGCGGGAACGGAUGUCGAAAUAAGCCCAGAAGAAGAAUGUCAUUGUGUGGACUGUUGCCUGCUGUCCACGCUGUUAACCCUUUUUCCUUUUGCGUAAUACUCACAUUUGGAAAAGUAUAUAAACAAACCAAACAUAUUUAAAUGGAGUUGUCGCUUUGUCCCGCCAAACCGUAGGUUUACGAAGCACGAGCGUCUAGCCUGACGUUUGUGAAGAAGCCGCUUGUUGUUGCUAAACAAUCGAGGCAGAGCCGAAACUCUUAAGAAAACAGCGCUUUAGCGCCGCUUACGAGGUUGCUAACUGCACAGUCAACAAUACAUGCAGAGACUUCUCCUCACAUCCAUCCAGAAGACUGUCUGUUUCGGUGGAAAACCUUCUGGCUCCUUUGUUAGACGUCAGCAGCUCUCUACUACGUGCAGAGUCGCCUUUUCCCGUUCUGCUGACCAGCUUCCCUCCAGUUUUUCUGCAAAAAGAUUUUCACAGCAAACCUGUCUGUGUCACUCCACCCCCUCCAAACCCAGCCUCCCUCGUUUCUCCGCUUCCUGGCUGUUCCUGCGACGGCGUUUCUCUACUCGACCGGAAAUGGCGGAUCAGAGGUUCCUCGUGGAGUACGCCAAACGGGGCACGGCGGGCUGCAAGAAGUGCAAGGACAAAAUCCAGAAGGGCAUCGUGAGGAUCGGCAAAAUCGUGCCGAACCCCUUUAGCGAGUCUGCCGGGGAGAUGAAGGAGUGGUAUCACGUGAAGUGCAUCUUUGAGAAGCUGGAGAGGGCGAGGGCCACCACCAAGAAGAUCGAAGACAUCACCGAUCUGGAGGGCUGGGAGGAACUGCAGGAUGAAGACAAGGAGCUCAUUAACAAACACGUCUCAGACCUGAUGGCCAAAGUCAACGCCAGCCCCAAAAAGAAAGUUCAGGCCAAGAUGAACCCUACCGGUCAGCUCAUGGCUCCUCCCGCUGACCCAUCCGUCAACGCUCCACGCAAGUUCUCAGGCUUCACGGCUGCAAAGGCCGGCAGCUCCGGAGCGGUCUCGUUGCCGCCUGCUGCCGCCGCCGCCGGGCAAGGCAGUGCUCUGUCCACCCAGCUGUGCGACCCCAAACACAAGGACUGUCUCUUCCGAGAGUUUCGCAAACUCUGCGCCGUCGUGGCUGAAAACAACAGCUACAACUCCAAGACGCAGAUUAUUGAGAAGUUUCUGAAGAAGGGGACGGGCGGAGAUCAAUUCCACGGAGAUCUUUACCUGACGGUGAAACUGCUGCUGCCAGGCGUCGUGAAAAGCGUCUACAACCUCAACGACAAGCAGAUUGUGAAACUCUUCAGCCGCAUAUUCAGAUCCAACCAGGAGGAGAUGGUUCGAGACCUGGAACAGGGUGACGUGUCGGAGACGGUCCGGAUGUUCUUUGAAGAGAGUAAAUCGUUUCCUCCUGCAUCCAAGAGCCUGCUCACCAUUCAGGAAGUGGAUGAAUCUUUGACCCGCCUCGCUCAGCUGACGAAGGAGGACGAGCAGCAGAGCGAACUGGAAGCCAUCGCCAAAAAAUGCACCAGCAACGACCUGAAAUGCAUCAUCAGACUGAUUAAGCACGACCUGAAAAUGAACGCCGGAGCGAAGCACGUCUUGGACGCCGUAGAUCCGAACGCGUACGACGCCUUCAAGGCCUCCCGUAACCUGGGCGACGUCAUCCAGAGGGUUCUGAGAAACCAGCAAGAGGCGUCCAACGGGUCGGGACCCCGGAAGCUGCUGACGGUUGAGGCGUCACUCAUGACGCCCGUGCAGCCCAUGCUGGCCGAGGCGUGCAAAUCCAUCGAUCAGGCCAUGAAAAAGUGUCCGAACGGGAUGUACGCCGAGAUCAAGUACGACGGCGAGCGCGUGCAGGUCCACAAGAGCGGCGACUCGUUCAGCUACUUCAGCCGCAGCCUCAAACCCGUGCUGCCGCACAAGGUGGCCCAUUUCAAAGACUACAUCCCUCAGGCUUUUCCUGGAGGACACAGUAUGAUUCUGGAUGCUGAGGUCCUCCUAAUUGACACAAAGAGCAGCAAACCUCUGCCCUUUGGGACUUUGGGGAUACACAAGAAAGCAGCCUUUCAAGACGCCAACGUGUGCCUUUUUGUCUUCGACUGCAUCUACUUCAAUGGCGUGAGCCUCAUGGAGCGGCCUCUGAAGGAGCGCAGGAAAUUCCUGACGGACAACAUGGUGGAAGUUCCCAACAGGAUCCUCUUCUCAGAGAUGAAACACGUCACGAGAGCAGGAGACCUGGCCGACAUGAUAACGCGGGUCAUCAGGGAAGGACUGGAAGGCCUGGUGCUCAAGGACAUCAAGAGCACCUACGAGCCGGGGAAGCGCCACUGGCUGAAAGUGAAGAAAGACUACUUGAACGAAGGCGCCAUGGCGGACACGGCUGACCUGGUGGUGCUCGGCGCCUUUUAUGGGAAAGGCUCAAACGGGGGCAUCAUGUCCAGUUUUCUGAUGGGCUGCUACGACCCAGACUCAAAGAAAUGGUGCACCGUGACCAAGUGCUCCGGAGGAUACGAUGACGCCAUGCUGGCCCGGCUCCAGAAGGAGCUGGAUGUGAUUAAAAUCAGCAAGGAGCCGAGCAAAAUCCCCGGCUGGCUGAAAAUCGUCAAGAACUAUUAUCCAGAUUUCAUUAUCCGCGACCCUGAGAAAGCGCCGGUCUGGGAGAUAACCGGUGCCGAGUUCUCCAAAUCGGAAAUGCACACCGCCGACGGCAUCUCCAUCCGCUUCCCGCGCAUGACGCGUAUUCGCGACGACAAAGACUGGAAGACCGCCACCAACCUGCACCAGCUCAGGGAGCUGUUCCGCAUCUCCAAGGAGCACUGCGACUUCAAAGUGACGGCCGGCCCGUCCACCGCCGACAACAACAAAGGGUCGUCAGGGGGGGACAGCACGGGGAGCUCGCCGUCGCCCUCUUCCAACACGAGCGCUCCCCCCAAAAAGACGGCUAACAGAACACCAACGAAAGCAAAGGCCCAGAAGUCGGAACCCCGCACUCCCAACUCGGAAGCUUCCAGCGCCAAAAAGAUGAAGAAAAGCGAAAAUGUCAACAGCAACGGGCAGCAAAGUAAACCCAGAGCGACCCCCCAGCUCCUGGAGGCCAGGAACGACAAGACGCUGCUGGACAUCUUUGGUGGGGUGAAGCUCUUCCUGCCCGCCUCCAUCCAGGACGCCGACAGACUCCGGAGGUACUUCGUGGCGUACGACGGAGACCUGGUGGCGGAUUACGACGCCGCCUCCGCCACGCACACGCUGGCCCCACCCGGAGAGGACAGCCGGGCUCAGAGGGUGUCGCCCAGCUGGAUCUGGGAAUGCAUCCGGAAGAGGCGCGUGGUGCCCCCCUGCUGAGAGAGUUGGAACCAUCAGCCUCGGCUCUCAGGAACGGGUUCUGCAGAUGAAUUAGCAGAUCUGAUGGACUUUUUCUUUUUUCUACUACAAACGCUAAAAUCAUGAACUGAACACGAGAUGUAGAUGAAAGCAGACUUCUGUAGUUUAAAGUUAGAACUGAAAGCUUGUAUUAAAUCCUUGGUUUUUGUCACAGAUA